GUAUGACAUAACAGUUGAUAGUUGGCACGACUGCAAUCACUUGCACGGCCCCCACAGGCGUUGCAACUUGACAACCAAAAAGUUUGAGGUGUAUCGCGAACGCCCCUUCUCCUUCUCCCUCUCCCAUUUUUGUCAUGAGCUACGAUGAGCGCAAAUGAAGAAGUCUCCAUCAACGUUCGGUUCUGCGAUCUUUCCAAGAGUUUACUGAGUUGGGAAAGUGAAGAGGCCAUUCCCCAACUAAGCCGGGCACUGGAAGAUAUUGCCGUUGACCUCGCCAGGGACGAGGGACUCAGAACAGCGGCGGGCGCUGAUCAACCGACUAUCUGGCCCAACCUUCGGAGCCUUUGGCUCAUGCUUGUUGAGAAGGCCGCCACACACCGGGAUGAAGAAUUGAUUCGGACUAUCGUUAUCAGCACUUCCAGAUUUACAAGGAACCUAGUUGCUGGAGUGGCCAAAAACCAAGAGCAUGCUUUCGAAAAUGAACCCGCACUAAGGCAAAUAUUGCAUACAUACAGCUCUUGGACAGCAUCUCAAGAUCCUGGAUCAUUCCACGUCGUUCGUAUGGUGGUUCAGACACUUUCAAAUAUGGUCACAACAAAUGAAAGCCUUAUGUCAAGUCUCUGGCAGACACACAUGAAUCUUCCAGAGGAACAAGCUAUAUUUGUCAGAGUGCUGGGCUUACCCGACCCCCGGACAAUCUUGUCUCUCCUAGUAUUACUGGUAAACUGUAUCUAUGAUAACAGCGCACGCCAGGCGUUAUUAGUCCACACGCCAAUUGGAGUCCGGAUCUGCAUCACUUUGUUGGAUCGUAUGACUGAUCUCUAUGACGCUGAGGAGUCUAGUGAUGCAGGUAGGGCAUUUGACUACGGGUACCAUCUCUUUUCCCACUUGUUUAGUGGAGGUUUUGCGCCGGACUUGUUUGGAAAUUUGAAGGCGGACGGAGAGGUUAUCGUCCCUCACCAAACCGUAUUACUCAAAUUAUUGGACUCAUACCUUCAGUCUUCGCCCUCCGAAACACACUUUUCUGGAAUGACCCCGAUGUUAAUUGCGUGCUUUUUCGAACUUUCAAUGUAUUCCAGUGGCGCUAUUAGAAAUGUAGUUGGCUCUGAUCGAGCCGAAGUCGCACACCGAGACAACGGCAUUCGCGCGGCUCCGGACCCCAUCCUACCCAAGGCCUGCGAAGCUCUCGUGCUCGUGACGCAAUGUAUCACAAGUAUUAUGUUGGCGUCAGAAGCAACACAUUUGCAAGGAGGGAUCUGGCCACCCUUUCGAGAGUCCACCUCCCCCCAUGGUCGCCCCAUCGCCGAGCAUAUAGUAGAAUUGCUACAACUUUUGGAUAUAUUUCUUCCGAAAGUAAAUUUUGGGAGGCAAGUCGCGCAAUCCGGCCGGCAACAAUGUCCGGUUGAUGUCACUGACCCAACCGGUUUUCCGUAUUUGAAACGUGAUCUUGUGCGCUUAGUUGGCAUUCUUUGUCACGGGGACAGGGUAACACAAGACCGCAUCCGCCAGUGUAACGGCAUACCUGUGAUCAUGAAUAUGUGUGUUAUUGACGAGCGCAAUCCAUAUCUCCGUGAACAUGCGAUUCUUACCCUGCAUAACCUUCUUGAAGGGAAUACGGAUAAUCAAGCUGUAGUGCACAGCAUUCGGCCCUCCAAAACCUUUUUGAACGAAUUAGAGCUACCGUAUAUGGGAGAUAACUGCCCAAGGUACAUCUGGGAAACAGCUACGCGACGCGGCUGUUAACAGCUCUUCCGCACUUAAGCGAGCUCUCCCAUUGGCCAACAAGUGUCUUAGCGAGUCUUACGACAAGUCACUUCCAAACGGAGGCAGGUAUAACCUGCUCACUCCCUCGGGUAGUUUUGCAGAUGUAGUAAGUAGCACCAGGAGACAUGACGCUAACGAACGGUGUCUUAUUCCUCCUCUUCAUCGAAAG